AUGCACCCGCCCAUCCCGCUCAUGUCCUUGUUCCUUGAGCCAGGUGCGUGUGCGUGCGACCGACGCUUGUCGUAUACUGCCGGCCUCGCGUGCCUCCACGCCGCGCGAGGCCCGCGCCGUCAAUCUCCCGCAUCGUCCUCUCAUGCGCCGCCCGUCACUACCAAUCACGGCGUCCCACGUCGACGACUCCCUCGCGAUGAGUCAUUUGCCUCGCUAUCCAACUCCGGCAACCACCAGCCUCGGCUUGCCCGCGCCGUAACACUGCAGCCGCCCUGUCCCGCCAACGACGAAUUGGCGUCAAGCACCAGCAUGAAUCUGACACAAUAG